AUGUACAUGGCUCUCAAAAGAGACAGAACCGACAGCACCUCGUCCUCCUCCGAGAGACUGCCACUAUCAGACAGUUCAGAAGACUAUCGCGAUGAGUCCUUCAAAGACCACUUUGCCGAAGGCCACCAUUACAUGAACCAUCAACGCCAAUCCCCCAUUCGAUGGAGCAGCCUAUGCUUCCACCUCAUCCUAGCCCUUAUCUAUGGCGCAGCAUUCCUAGCAGCAACGUACCGAUCAACGAGCAGUAUCAGACAUCAAGACAGUAAACCUGCACAUCUUAUCGCAUCCCCAUUAUGGGAAGCCGUAGAACUCGAGCGCAAAACCAUCAACGCCUCAAUCGAGAGCGAGAAUCCAUUCAAGGGCGCUCCAUCUGAAGAGCUGGACCAUGCAUGGCACCAGUUAUUCAUCAACUCCAAUGUCCGAGUUACUGCUGAAGACCUAGCGAAGAUAAAUCGCACGUCUGUCCCGAUAAAUGAUGAGAAGGGGGGAUAUUAUGCCAUUCCGGAUGUAUAUCACCAGCUGCAUUGCCUGAAAUUCCUCCGCCAAGUAGUCUACCACAGCUACUACCAUAUCGGAAAACCCACUACCCCGCUUCACAUCGAACACUGCAUCGACAACCUCCGCCAAAACAUCAUGUGCAAAGCCGACGUCUCUCUCCUAACCUUCACAUGGGAUCCGACAGAUCGCGCCCCGAAACCCAACUUUGUCGUCGAGCACGAAUGCGCUAACUGGGACAAAGUGGACAAAUGGGCCGAGGAACAUCGAUUCGAUAUCUUCGAUGAAACUACCCUGAUUCAUCCGACCCUGGGCCCUUCGUUCCCCGAGGAGGAGUAUAAGGCUACCGGGAGGAUUCCGGGUCAUCCGGAUUUUCAUCCGAAUGGGUAUCAUGGGGAUCAUGGGGGUCAUAGUAAUGGGGUAUGA